UGACUCUUCGUCUCGUGUUUUCCCAAGUCGCUGUCACAAAUAUCUCACUUUAAAUUGGGCUACCCCAGUGCUCCGCUCUUUUCCAUUCCACUCAUUCAAGGAACUCAUCAACAACGAGCUUACUACGUCUCAACCAUCAACACAAGAUGCCUCCCAAGAGAAGACAAGCCGAGGACACCAGCGAUGCUGAGCCUCAGUACACCAAGAAGUCCAAGGGCAACACAGGAAAAGCUCAACCCCAGGAGCUUACCAAGGGAUCCGACCAGGAUGGCAACACCUUCUGGGAGCUUGGAAACAACCGCCGAAUUAGUUCUUCGGUGUUCAGAAAUACUACCCUGGUCAAUAUCCGGGAAUACUACGAUGCUGGUGGCAAGCUGAUGCCAGGCAAGAAGGGCAUCUCCCUCUCACUUGCCCAGUAUCAGAACCUCCUCAAAGUCAUUCCCCAGCUGAACGCUGAUCUCCGUGCCCAAGGCCACGCCAUUGAGGACCCAGAUUUUGCCCAGGUGGCCGAGCAGACCGACGCCCCCGUCGAGACGCCCAAGGUCAAGGCGCUGGAGUCCAAGACGGAGAGCAUCAAGAAGGAGAAGAAGAAGCCCCGCAAGUCCAACAUUGACGUUACCAGCGACGAAGAGGAAGCUGCCGAGGACGAGGACGACGACGAGUAGAGCAGAUCGGUCCGCCAAGCCAAACAUCUUUGGGCGUCGCAGAAAUGGUGAUGCUGGGGCGAGAGGAAAAUCCGUUACCGGCCAAUCGAAUCUCUCUCUUAUGCGGGCGCAGUGCAGAUACCCCCCUUCUCUACGGUUUUCCAGGUGGCCAGGCAUCUUUGGUGAUAUUUUGUCUCGUCAAUGGCGUAUGAGCUUUGCUUUGUUUCGGGGUAGCGUUUCACUGGCAAUUUAGCUUGUUUGGAGAAAUCAGGCGGGGCGUUUGGUUCUGGAUUGUUGUGGAUUGGGACCAUGGGGCAAGCUGCCAAUAUGGUCGGUCUGAGUAUGACUUCUACG